GAGAGGCUCGUGCGCACAGUAAUUGAGCUGGCGCUCAGAGACGGUCAGAGGAGCUCGCGCUGGGCAGCUGAUGGGGUUCUGCUGUUACCGCGCUGAGGAACGACAUGGGAAAAUGGCAGAUAUCAAUGGACCCAGUGCAGGAGUGGGGUGAGGAGGUGGAGGAUGGUGUUGUGUACGGAGUGACCCUUCACCGCAUAUGUGACCCUGCUGAUCUCACUGACCCCACCCACUCCUCUGAGUCCCGCCCCCGCGGCUGUGUGCAGUACCGGACGCUGAAGGUCCGACGGCUCAAAGCGGCCACUCUGCAGAGGCUGGUCACCGAGCUGGUCAAACCGGAGUGUGACGAGCCGGACUAUCCUCGAAUCUUCCUGUCCACCUACAGAGCCUUCACCUGCACCUCCACACUCAUACAGCUGCUCUUUCAGAGGGAAGACAUGAUCACUAACCUGGACAGCAGUGUGUGUAUAAGAAGUUCCCUCCCUCCGUUGGUGCGGUUGUGGUUGGAUGAGUUCUGGGAGGAUUUUAGAGAUUCUCCUCAGCACCAGGCGCUCCGGCUGCUGUGUGUCCACCUGCGUCACCGGCUCUGUUUCAGACGCCUGGCACGCCAGGCCGAAGCCCUGUUGCACUCCCUACAGGAGGAAGAUAAGCGAGCUGAGGUCGAGGGGUCAGAGGUCAGCAGUGCUCCUGCAGUGGACAGGUCCUGUGGGGAGAGGUCACUCGGGCUGGACCGUGUGGAGACAGGGAGUUUACUGAGCUUCUCUGCGCGGGACAUCGCAGAGCAGCUCACACGGCUGGACGCUGAUCUGUUUGUGCGUGUGGUUCCGUUCCACUGCCUGGGCUGCGUUUGGUCUCAGAGGGAUAAGAAGGAGAACCGGAGUUUGGCUCCGACAGUCCGUGCCACCAUCGCUCAGUUUAACGCGGUCACCAACUGGGUCAUCACCUCACUGCUGUGUCCAAACUCCACCUCCGCACCUGGCUCUCCAAGCAUACCCCGCUCACCCAAAUCACCCCGUUCACCCAGAUCACCUCGUCCACCCCGAUCACCCCGGUCACCUCAGAUGUGCCGGUCGGCCCAGUGCCCACUCACAAGCCCUGUGCAGCGGGCACGCAUUAUAGAGAAAUGGAUCUCCGUGGCACAGGAGUGCCAUCAGUUGAGGAAUUUAUCGUCUCUCAGAGCGAUCCUCUCCGCUCUGCAGUCUAACGCCAUCUACCGCCUCAAAAAGACCUGGGCUGUGGUCAGCAGAGAAAGUGUGGCCACCUUUGAGCAGCUGUGUGAGAGCUUCCCUGAUGAAAACUGUGUCCUGACCACCAGAGAGAUCCUGGAGGAGGAUGGGGCCCGGCUGAGUGCAGGCAACUCAUCCUCGGCCCCCAAAUCACCGAAACUGAGCCCUUCCGCCAGACACAUGAGCUGCAGUAGUGGGGAGGUUCCUUACCUGGGCACAUACCUGACUGUUCUGACCAUGCUGGACACUGCACUGCCCGACACUGUGGAGGGAGGCCUCAUCAACUUUGAGAAAAGGAGAAGAGAGUUCGAGAUUUUGUCUCAUAUUCGGGUGCUGCAGGCGUCCUGCUCUCUUUACUCAUUCCCCUCUCACCCCGCAGUCUGCUCCUGGCUCCGCAACUGCACUCCCCUCUCCGACCAGCAGAGUUAUGAUUUGUCCCGUGAGUUGGAGCCUCCGGUGGAUCCGUGUCCUAAUUCUCCGAGCUUUUGGAGCCAGCGCCUCAUCGGCAAGAAAAUCAGCUCGUUGUUGAGCAGUGAGAAAGCUCAUGCAGAUCAGAUCAGCGUGUCGUCUUCCGGCUCCAGCGGCUCAGAGAUGGACGACCUGCCCCCCCUCCGACACAAGCCACAGUCUGGAUCCCUCCAGAACAUUUCCACAGACUCCGCUGUCUCCUCUGCCUCAUCCUCCCCCCAGCCGGACCACUCCGCUCUCAGCUCUGACAUUGCAUCUCCUACUCCAUCGUCAUCAUCAUCGUCCUCCUCCUGCGCUGCCCUCUCCCAUCCUGUGUUUAAUAAGGAGGUGGGCGACUCCUGCAUCAUCAGGGUCAGCAUGGAGUUGGACAUCGGUAACGUCUACAAAAGCAUCCUGAUAACCAGCCAGGAUAAGACGAGUCAGGUGGUGCAGAGAGCUCUCGCCAAACACAACCUGGAGAACAUGAGCUGCAGCGACUUCAGCCUCGUUCAGAUACUGCCGCACGACAAAGAGCUGCUGCUGCCGGACAAAGCAAAUGUUUUCUACGCCAUGUGUCCCUCUGAGAGCUACGACUUUGUGCUCCGUCAGCGCUGGAGGAGUCACGUUAAAGCACCGGUAUCCUGCUCCAGUCCGGCAGCCGUGCCGCGAGGACGCCUCGCUAAAUGACAGCGCCACCUCUAGUGUGGAGGACUCGCUACAGCAGAGGAUAUAAAUCUGCCCACUAUAGCACGCUCACUCGCGUAGGCGUCCAAUCUGAUCAUCACUAAGCUAUUAGGAAAAAACACUAGGUGUCAAUGCCACCUUGCGGUGUGGAAGACUCAUUACAGCCAGGACCAUCGUUCUCUCCAGGACUAAGCUAUUAGAAAAACACUGUUUUGAACUAUAAUGUCUACAAAUCAGUGCCUCGUUUAUUGAUGCCUUGUUUUAUAAUGAAGUGUAAAUAAGAAGAAAGUGCUUUACAGAGUAGCUGCAGGAAUUAUCACAGCUUAUUAUUCCCUCUGUAAUUAAGAAAGAGCAAUACAGAAGGAGAAAGUCUAAAACUUAUAUAACUUAAAUAACUUAUAUAAAGUCUCUUUAAUGCCGUUUCAUGAAGGAUGUGUGUAUAUAUAUAAACCUUGCCAAGUUUUAUUGGCUUUAGGGUUAAAAAUCGAACGUUUUAAUGAUUUUAUCAGUGUUGCCAAUAAGCAGAAACAUAAUUUAGAUAUUUAUAUGUAUGUAUGUGUCUUGUAUAGCAAUAAUUAUUAAUAACAAUAACACAGAGCUAAUAUAUCUUAUGAAUGAAGGUUAAAGUAUUUUCAAUGCAGUGGGUGAUGUUGGCAUUUCAGUGUUAGCGUCCUGAUUUUUCUAAAAGUGAUUUUAUUUAUUAUGAUCAUUUUCUAGCUGUGUCUGGUUUAUAAGCUGGUCUGACUGAUAACGCCACCAAUUAUAACCACAGGAUAUCAUUAAAGGUAGCAUAAAGACAGUUUUCCUUUAAGAAAUCUUAAAAAAAACACAGUGGCUGUAGCCUAAAGUCUGUGUUUUAGUAAUGGGUGAAAGCUGCUUUACUGCAUCUUUAACAUCUCUGAGCUUUAGAGGCCUUAAUGCACCACUGUGUGGUAAAUGUUUUUAUUUUCUUAAUCAAAGACUCAGAGAAGAUUGUUAAUGUUAAUGUUUAAAGGGGAAGCCCACCCAAUUUUCUAAAAUGUCUGCAUAAGUGAACGGUUAAGAUGUAAACAAAGUCAGUUGGAGUGGUUUCAUGUGAAAUGCCUCAUUCUAGCCUGAUGAUUGAGACAUUUUACAGUGUUUUUAAACCUGAAACAUAUUCAUAGCGGAAGGAUACAUUCAAGGCACUGUGAGGCAAAUAGUCCCCUAGAAAACAUUAUUUCAGAUUUUCUGCUAUUUUCUCAUCAUCAACAUUCCGUAUAAAACUAGAAAGAUGUGUAGGUUCACUGGUGUUUUUGGAUAGUAAAUAAAAUGUCUAUAUCUGUGUUGUAGUCAUAGCGACCCCUGGUUCCUAUCACCACCACUGUAAAGAAAUCUGAACCAUUUCACACCAAACCACUCAAUCAUUCUGUUUACAUCUCACACACUGAAUUAUGGGGGAAUUUAGAAAAAUUACCCUUUGAUGGUUAAUGUAAUUGUCUAUAUGUAGCUUCAUCUGAUCCUGUGUAGUGUUUAGUCACUUUCUGAAGUGCUGAAAAUGGUCG